UUUCUGUGACUGUGCUAGUGUGUGGCGUUUCUGGAACAGUUAGUACCCAUAAGUGGCAUUGCAGGACAUGGCCCUCCUUUGUUGUCCCAAGAAAGUGCCACUCCCACAGGCUUGUUCCUUGUUGGCCCCAGUGAACAGCAGGUGGGGAGCAGAGCCCUUCUGAGGUCAUUUAUUAAACAAGCCUGCAUGAUCUGUGCGUGUGAAGCUCUGGGAAGGAAGCGUGAAGGCCGGGAGGCCAGUCCCCAAACCCUGCCUGAGUGGACCCUUUGGCCAGUGGAGGGUGCAACCAUGGAAAGCAGUGUGGCUAGAGUGGCCCACAGCUGAAGGACACCUGGUGGUGACCAAGAUGUACCUCACAUUCUGGAACAGACUUCAGGGACACAGGGACAUGGAGCUUGAUGAAGAUUACCAGUCCCCAUUUGAUUUUGCUGCUGGAGUGAACAAAAACUACCUCUACUUGUCUCCCAGUGGAAAUCCAUCUCCACCUGGAUCUCCUGUUCUUCAGAAAUUUGGUCUACUGAGAACAGACCCAGUACCUGAGGCCAGAGAAGAUGCUGCUGCUACAAUCAAUGCCAUAGAGACCCUGUCAGAGGAGGAGCAAGAGGAGCUAAGGAGAGAGCUUGCAAAGGUGGAAGAAGAAAUCCAGACUCUGUCUCAGGUGUUGGCAGCAAAAGAGAAGCAUCUAGCAGAGAUCAAGCGGAAACUUGGAAUCAAUUCACUACAAGAGCUAAAACAGAACAUUGCCAAAGGGUGGCAAGACGUGACUGCAACACCAGUAUACAAAAGGACAUCUGAAACUUUGUCUCAAGCUGGACAGAAGGCUUCUGCAGCUUUUGCAUCUGUGGGAUCUGUCAUCACCAAAAAGCUGGAAGAUGUAAAAUUGCAAGUCUUUUCGCACUCCUUUAGUAUACGCUCCAUUCAACAUUCAAUUAGCAUGCCUGCUAUGAGAAACUCUCCAACUUUCAAAUCAUUUGAAGAAAAGGUUGAAAACUUAAAGGCAAGUAGAGAGUCGAAAGUAGGGGGAACCAAGCCUGCUGGUGGUGAUUUUGGAGAAGUCUUGAAUUCAACUGCAAAUGCUAGCGCCACAUCCGUGGAACCUCUUCCAGAACAGACUCGGGAGGGCCUGUGAGAUCCUGCCUUUGUUCUGCUACCCACUGCCAGAUGCUGCCAGCAAGACCCAAGCACAUCUUGUCAAUGUUCAUUGCCAUGAAUUCCCACCCCAUGCGCUUUUAUUUAGCCUUACAUAUUUUUUUGACCAAAUAGUCUGUGGAUUGAAUAAAAUAAAAGUAUCUUCACCUCUGUACUUGGGAAACAUCCUUCAAUGUGCAUUUCAGGCCCUUUAUUUAGGAAGCACCAUUACAAAAACAUGUGUAGUAUACCUGGGGGCCCUCACUAGAAUGAAUUGAGUGGCAGCAGGUUAUCAUAAUGGUGUUCCUACUUUACAAAAUUGCUCUGCUCUGGAUUGGGGAUGCUGGUUUGAUCUCUGUUUUCUAUAUGAUUUUCUAUUUUUCCUUUUUGUACCUCUGGAUAUUUGAUUUCUAACUAAAAUUGUUCCUUUAAAUUUUCUGAAUCCUGGUUAUUAAAAGUUUCGGCAUAACUUUCUUUACCUCCAAAGAACUACCAGCUACAAAAAUUACUUUUGAGUAGACACUGUUUUGGUAUAAGGUCAUUUUAUAUCUUGGGUGUCUGAAGACAUCAAAAUAAGUAAUCAGUUCUACAUCCAACUUAUUAAGAGUUUUGCAAGUGGCAGUAUGUACAGUAAUCCAAACUCCUUAGUGACUGGAGAGUGGACCUCUCACAUCCUAGUCACUAUUUGUGACAGUAAUCAUUUCAGUGUACUAGUUCUUAUGCCACUUACAUCGACCUGUUUUUCACCAGAUUAAAUUUGAGUUUCAGAGUAAAUAGCCUAUAUAUUUUGAAUUGAGCAUGCUGUAUUAUCAGGUUAAAAUAGGAAUACUCUCAUCAAAUAUUCAGCUCAAAAGUCAGCAAGGUUUUAGAUCUAGUUAUACUUAAAAAUGCUAAAAUCAAUCACAUUAGGGGAAACAUCCCUGUCUUCAUUUAAUUAAUUUAGUACCGUUUAAAAAUAAGCACACAGACUAAUGUAAGUUGAUUACAUGAAGGGGUUGGUGAUAACUCGAGAAUUUAAUGCAUUAAUAAAAAUCAACUCAUUUUCUACCUGUUUGUUUUCAGUGUGUUAAAAAUUAUUAAAUGAUUCUGUAGACACUGUCUCCUACUUCAAAAACUGGGUGUCAGGGCCGAAUGCACCAAAGCCUUUGGAAAUAUUUGCAUAGAGGCAACGGUGCUCUAUUAGUUCUAAUACUUAUUUAUUCAUCACCACUACCUUUUCCUUAUGCUGUGUAUGGAUAUGCCUACAAUACGGUAUUUGUUAUUUAUCAAGUUGUGAUUGUUUUAUUAUUGUUUAUGCCAAAUGUUAAUUGCCAAGCUUGGAGUGACCUAAAGAAUUUUUAUAAAGCAUGACUAGAUUUACUUCACCGUAAAUUAUCUUAGGAAAACCACAUUUGAAAAUGCAGUGUUGACCGUUAUAAAUUAACAUGAUGCCUGUCUUACUAGAGCUUUUGUUAGCACUUUAGAUGCAACUGAAACUCUGCUUUAUUACAUGUGAAAGCUUAAUAAAUUACAUAUACUAAUAGUAUAGGUCUCAAUAUUUAUAUUAUUAUGAGACCAAUGGUCUGGAAACAGCUUGUUGUCUUAAACAGUCAGUGGGUGUCUAUGCUAUUUUUUUUUAAAGGAGGCUUUUUUUACCAUCUGCUUUAAAUCAUUAUACAUACUAUAAAUUAUUUCUUUAUAGAGGAUUUUAAGGGAAGGGCCAUUAAAGCAUUGUCCCAGAGGAAUAGAUCUGUUUUUUUAAAUAGAAAUAUUGUGGUUACUCAGCAUAACCCUUAAGUUAUAUUUUUCUGUCAACUGUGUCAUCUUUCAAAUUUUUUAUCAAAAUUAACUUUUCAUCAUAAGUUUCUUAAGCAUCCUGCCAUUACUAUCUUGUCAACAAGGCAAAAUAGAGUAAGAUGGCAAUAUUUUUAGUUAAGUGAAAUAUCCCCAAGUCUCUUUAGCUUAUGGUGAGAAGUGAUGGAAAUAGGUGUGGAAAGUAGGAUGGGUGUAUGCGAGUAAUGAAGAUGGCUGUGGAAGAAGAAAUCAGAAUCACUACACUUAAUCUAAAAGUGAUUUAAUCUACUGUACAGUAAGUUACCUCUUAAAAGUAGUCAAAUGUAGAGGGAGAAUAAAUUUAGAAAAAUAGACAUGGUUUUAGAAAAAUUAUUCAAAAUUAUCUUUGUGGAAGAUUCAAUGUCAUGAGCUCACAGUUCUACUCUGUUGUGUUUUGUUUGACACUUUAAGAAAACAGCAACUUGAGGGCAAAUCUCAGAUAUUCAAGGAUUCAGGAAGCAUCAGAGAAAAUCAUCCCUGAAAUUGUCUUUUCCUAACAAGGGAAUGUCUUUGGUUUACAGAGUUUGUGGAAAAUAAAGCAAGAAUUCUAAUGCUUAUGAGACCAAAGUAAUCAAUGAAAGAAAGUAGAACUCACUGGAUUAUCAUCUUAGUAACUCAAAGAAACAACUGAAAUAGAGAAAAAAGCGUGUUUAAUUUGGAAUCACUAUUUCUGGAUCUGUUCAUCAAGAAGUACACACUGUCUAUUUCUCUUUUGUAUAGUAUUUGUAAACAAUAAAUAUUCUAUAAUUUG